CGCAUACCGUGCUCAUCGUAGCAGGUCCGCGGUGGCGCGAGCGGACGGCGGGACGCCCAGGUCACUUAUGAAGCAUACAACUGAAUGUGGUUUAUUCAAUAUGAAAGCAUCUUUUGACUGUUUGCAGAUAUUUUCUCCCAUUCUGUGGAUUUUCACUCUGUUGAUUGUAUCCUUUUUAAGUUUUUAAAGUCCCAUUUGUCUGUUUUUGCUUCUGCUAUUUGUACUUCAUGAUAUCUGUUUUCUUCUAGUUUUAUAGUUUCAGGUGUUAUCUUCAGAUCUUUAAUCUGUUUUAAUUUUAUAUUGUAUAAGGUCCAGAUUUCUAUUUUUGUGUCUGCUGAUGCAGCUCAUGGUAAUUUUGGUUUGAGGACUUAUGUUAGAUAAGUUUUCCCCCUUUUGUGUGGUUUUGAAGUUUAGCCUAUCUGGCUGACAUAGUUCAACGUCAAUUGUUUUACUAGAGAUUUGGGUUUACUUUUUUUUUUUUUAAUAUUUUAAAAAUUUAUUUGAAAGUCAGAGUUACACAGAGAGAGGAAAGAGAAGUAUUCAAUCUGUUGUUUCACUCCUUAGUUGGCUGCACUGGCCGGAGCUAUGCCGAUCUGAAGCCAGGAGCCAGGAGCUUCUUCUGGGUCUUCCAUGUGGGUGCAGGGGUCCAAGGACUUGGGCCAUCUUCUACUGCCUUCCCAGGCUGUAGCAGAGAGCUGGAUCAGAAGUGGAGGAGCCAGUUCUCAAACUGGCACCCAUUUGGGAUGCUGGUGCUUCAGGCUGGGGCUUUAACCCUGUGUCACAGUGCCAGCCCCUUGGGUUUACUUUGAAUAUCCCAAUUCUGAACCAUGGGGUACUUCACAAAGUUCAUGGAAAAUGGAAUUAAAAAUGUGAGUUGGGGCUGGCGUUGUAACACAGUAGGUUAAACCUCUGCCUGCAGCACCAGCAUCCCAUAUGGAUGCCAGUUCGAGUCCCAGCUGCUCCACUUCCAAUCCAGCUCCCUGCUCAUGUGCCUGGGAAAGCAGCGAAGAUGGACCAAGUGCUUAGGCUCCUGCACCCAGGUGGGAGACCCAGAAGAAGCUCUGAGCUCCUGACUUCAGCUUGACCUAGCGCUGGUUGUUGUGGACAUUUGGGGAGUGAACCAGUGGGUGGAAGACCUCUCUUUCUCUGUCCCCUCUAUCUACUCUCUGUAACUCUUUCAAUUAAAUAAAAAAUAAGUGUAAAAAAAAAAUUGAGUUUAUUUUGAUGCAAAAAUUUUUUGUGCAGUUUUUUCAUGAUUUGUGAAAAAUGUAUAUUAUGAAGAAACUACAUAGAUUUCAAACAAUUUUUUACCUAAAAUAUAGACUACUACUUUAUAUGUAUAAUUAUAAAUUAUAUAAAUAUGUAUAAUUUAUUUGGACAGCAGAAUGGCAGAGGGAGAGAGAGAGAGAAAAGAUAGAGAGAUCUUCUACCUAUUGGCUUAUUCCCCAGAUGUCUGUAACAGCCAGUGCUGGGCCAGGCCAAAGCCAGGAGCCUGGAACUCCAUCCAGGUUUCCCAUGUGGGUGGCAGGAACCUGUCCUUGAGCCAUCACCUGCUGCCUCCCAGGGUGUAUAUUAGCAGUAAGCUGGAUUGGAAGCAGAGGCAGGACUUGAAGCCAGGUGCUCUGAUACUGGGUACAUGGAUCUCAGCCAGCAGUUUAACUGCUGCACCACAGUGCCUACCCUCCUACUUUUAAUCCCCUGUUCUGUGAACUUUUUGAAGUAUUUUUGUGUGUAUUCCAUGUGUGAAUGUAGGCUCAGGGCAGCUCUGCUCCCUCCAUAAGCUACAGGUUGCUGUUGCGAGGUACAGUUUUUGGCCCAGUUCUGGCAAGGAGUCUGUUUCCAGUCUUUUGCUCCUUACAUGGCAUAGUAGACUCUAGAGCUUUUGGAAUGUUGGCCACAUUGUUUUCAGUCUGUUUUCUUUUCCUGCAGGCUGCAUGACUUUAGUGCCCAAUUAGUUGUAUCUAGUUUAUUACAGAUCCUUCUAGAUGGCUUUGAUGGGUUUGUAAGUGUGUAAGCAUGUGCUUACUUCCCUCUAAUUUGUAUAUAGAAGUUAGCAUGCCAUAUAGCCUGUUCUAUAUUUUGCUUUCCUUUUUUACCAAGAAGGUUGAAGGUAUUUCUAUUUGAUAAAUCAGGAAGCUUGUGAAAGAACUCUUGGUUUCUUUGUUAAAGAAACAUACUGAUGGGGCUGGUGCUGUGGCAUAGUAGGUUAAUCCUCUGCCUGUGGCACCGGCAUCCCAUAUGGGCACCGGGUUCUAGUCCCGGUUGCUCCUCUUCCAGUCCAGCUCUCUGCUGUGGCCUGGGAGUGCAGUGGAGGAUGGCCCAAGUGCUUGGGCCCUGCACCCCAUGGGAGACCAGGAGGAGGCACCUGGCUCCUGGCUUCGGAUCGGCGUAGUUCUGGCCAUUGCGGCUACCUGGGGAGUGAACCAAUGGAAGAAGACCUUUCUCUCUGAAUCUCCCUCUCACUGCCUGUAACUCUAUCUCUCAAAAUAAAUAAAUAAAUAACUAAAUCUUAAAAAAAAAAAAAAAAAAGAGACAGACUGAUUUCAUAUAUUUCAAACUCUACAUAGUUUAUUUUCUUUACAACAGGCAGGGACCUUUCCUACCUUUGAAUUUUUUUUAAAAAGAUUUAUUUUGUUUAUUUGAAAGGCAGAUUUACAGAGAGAGGGAGAGACAGAAGUUUUCCAUCCACUGGUUUAUUCCCCACAUGGCUGCAAUGGCCAGAAGCUAGGAGCUUCUUCCGGGUCUCCCACAUGGAUACAGGGGCCCAAACACUUGGGCCAUCUUCUACUGCUUUCUCAGGCCAUAGCAGAGAGCUGGAUCGGAAGUGGAGCAGCUGGGACUCCAACUGGCACCCAUAUGGGAUGCCAGCAUCACAGGUGGUAGUUUUACCCACAAUGCCAUGACACCAGCCCCACCUUUGGAUUUUUAUGUUGUUUUCCAUAUAUACUUUUUAAAAAGAUUUAUUUAUUUACUUGAGAAACAACAGUUAGAGAGAGAGGGAGAGAGAAAGACAGGUCUUCCAUCCAUGGGUUCACUCUUCACAUGGCUGCAAUGGCCAGAGCUGAGCCAAUUCAAAGCCAGGAGCCAGGAGCUUCUUCAAGGUCUCCCACGCAGGUGCAGGGGCCUAAGCACUUGGGCCAUCUUCCACUGCUUUCCCAGGCCAUCAGCAGGGAGCUAGAUUGGAAGUGGAGUAGCUGGGAUUUGAACCAGCGCCCAUGUGAGAUGCCAGUGCUGCAGGUGGAUGCUUAACCUACUAUACCACAGUGCUAGCCCCUUCCACAUAUAAUUUAAAAUAGUCUCAUUUUCUCUGAUGCAGAGAUUCAUCAGUUAUGUAAUUGUAAUAACCUUAACUUCCCCAUCUUUAAAAUUUUUUUAAAGAUUUAUUUAUUUAUUUGAAUAGCAGAGUUACAGAGAGAGAGAGAGAGAGAGAGAGAGAAGGAAGUCUUCUAUCCUAUGGUUCACUCCUCAAUGGCCGCAAUGGCCAGAGGUGUGGUCCAUCUGAAGCCAGGAGCCAGGAGCUUCUUCUGGGUCUCCCACGAAGGUGCAGGGACCCAAAUACUUGGGCCAUCUUCUGCUUUCCUAGGCCAUCAGCAGAGAGCUGGAUCAGAAGUGGAGCAGCUGGGACUUGAACUGGCACCCAUAUGGGAUGAUGGCACUGCAGGCGGUGGCCUUACCUACUAUGGCCCUAUCUUCUUUAAAUGUUAACCUUUCUUUAAAUUAAAUGAAUGUUUGUAGAUUCCUGAGAGCUGUAUGCUUCCAUGUCCUCUUUUUUGGACUGUUUAAAAAUUUUUAAUGGUAGCGAGCACUUAGAUCCCAUUUGCCAUGUACCAGUAGUAUAUAUAGAAGCAAAGUGGAAGAAAAGUGUAGAGGCAUAAUAGGAGUUCUAGUUGCUAAGAAACAUGAAAGGGUGUUCAGUUUGCAGCGUUCCUCGGGCACUGCUGCACUUCUUUCAGCGGUUUGGGAUGCGGUGUGAAAUAGCUUAGGGUGAACUCUGCUAGCAUUUUCAGCAUUUAAGCUCCUGCAGUCUCAAGUAAGUAGAUUAUUUCUUUGAGAACUUUUAAAAAAGUCUCAGUUCACUAAUUUCAGGGUUGUCUAGGACUUUAUCCAAUGUGGGAAACAUUUAACCUAAAAUAACAAUGACUAGUUUUUGAGUGACUGCUUUUUUUUCAAGUGCUGUAAUAGAUGCUCUAAUAAUAGUUUACAUUUACUGAGUUCUUAUUAUGUGCCAGGUGCUACUUUUCCCCAUACUAAUUUAAUCAUAAUAAGCCUAUGAGGAAAGUGCUAUUCUUCUCAUUUUACAGGUCAUAUAAGUAGGGUACCUUGACGUUGAGUAGCUUGUUUGGAGUUACAGAAUCUGAAAGUGAAAGUUGGGCCCUGGAGUUAUAUUCUGAAUCACUGCAUCAAACAUGUUUUUUCCAUGUUCCUUUGAGGAUUCAAAAAGUUUCUGGAAAAUGGAAUUAAAAGAUGAGUUUAUUUUGGUGCAAAAAAUGUUAUAUUUGUGUAUACAAGAGAUCUUCAAAAAGUUCAUGUGUAUUUUGAAAAAACUGCGGGGCUGGUGUUGUGAUAUAGUAGGUAAAGCUGCUGACUAUGAUGUCAGCAUCCCAUAUGGGUGCCCGUUUUGUGUCUUGGCUGCUCCACUUCUGAUCCAGCUCCUUGCUUGGGAAAAGCAGCAGAGAAUAACACAAAUACUUUGGCCCCUGCCACCCAUGUGGGAGAACCUCAAGAAGUGCCUAGCUUCAGUUUGGCCCAACCCUGGCCAUUGUGGCCAUCCGGGCGAUGAACCAGCAGAUGGAAGAUCUCUCUCCCUCGCCCAUGCCAUCACCGUCACCUUCUCCCUCGCUCUCGCUCUUUCUGUCCCUUUCUCCAUGUAAUUCUUUCAAAUAAAUGUCUUUUUUUAAAGAUUUAUUUUAUUUUUAGUGAAAGAGUUAUAGAGGGAGAGGUGAGGGCGAGGGGUGAGAGAGAGAGAGCAGUCUUUCAUUUGCUGGUUCACUCCCAAAUGACUACAACGGCCAGGCCUGGUCCAUACUGAAGCCAGGAGCCAGGAGCUUCAUCUGGGUCUCCCACUUGGGUACAGGGUUCCAAAGACUGGGGCCAUCCUCCCCUGCUUUCCCAGGCGCAUUAACAGGGAGCUGGAUGGGAAGUGGAGCAGCUGGGACUGGAACCAGUGCUGCAGGCAGCAGCUUUACCUACUACACUACAGCGCCAGCCCCAAGUAAAUCUUUUUUUUUUUUUAAAGAAAAAACUGCAUGGAUUUCAAAAUAUUUUUAUACCAUAAUAAAUAACUCCUAAUUCUAUUUUCUCAUAAACUUUUUAAAGUACACUUGUACAUAGAUAGGGAAACAGGCUUAGAGGGAGUGUAACUUUCUCAGAAUGUCUUGUUUUUGUUAACUCACUCCAAACCUCAUGUUUCUAUUCUAUUUUUGCUUCCACUGAACCCUGAUUGAUAACAGGACUCUGGAAAACUGUACCAUCAAACUCUUGCCCUCAUGAAAGUAGGCCAGUGACUCUUUCUAAAGCUUCAUCUUGGCACCCUUACUGCUUAUCUCCCAGGGCCAUUUCUGAGCAGUAGAGGUAUCAGGAACUCCACUGAACAGCCAGUUCCAAAUCCUGUCGUCAGAAUCCCUGCUGCUGUUCCAAGUGGUAACAGAAGCAUAUUAUUUUAUUUAAAGGAAAUGAGUGUGACUAGUAUUGCAUUAAGAGUUGAAACCUGGCUUUUAGCUACAUGGCAUGUUAAAGUGCCUCUGAUGUGGCUGGAAGCUUGUAUUAACUGGAUCCAAGAAGAAAACAGUAAUGUCAGUUUGAGUCAGGCACAAAUGAAUAAACAAGUGUUUGAACAAUGGCUACUUACGGAUCUGAGAGAUUUAGAGCAUCCUCUUUUACCUGAUGGUAUUUUAGAAGUUCCAAAAGGAGAACUGAAUGGAUUUUAUGCUCUUCAGAUUAACUCCUUGGUUGAUGUGAGCCAACCUGCAUAUUCCCAGAUACAGAAGCUGAGAGGAAAGAAUACAGCAAACGAUCUAGUUACAGCUGAAACACAAGUAACCCAAAAACCUUGGGAAGCAAAACCUUCACGAAUGUUGAUGCUACAGCUAACUGAUGGAAUUGUACAAAUGCAGGGAAUGGAGUAUCAGACUAUUCCAGCUCUUCAUAGUAAUCUUUCUCCAGGUACAAAAAUUUUGAUUCAUGGAAACAUUUCUUUCCGUCUUGGUGUUCUCUUAUUGAAACCAGAGAAUGUGAAGGUGUUAGGAGGUGAAGUCGAUGCUCUGUUAGAAGAAUAUGCCCAAGAAACAGUACUUGCAAGAUUACUUGGGGAACCUGAUCCCGCAGUUGCAGUCAUCCCAGUUAAUUCAAACCAGAACAUCCCCAGAGCUACAGAUAAUCUGGAUCCUGCCUUAGGACCUUCUGAUGAAGAACUCUUGGCAAGUCUUGAUGAGAAUGAUGAGCUUGCAGGAAAUCAUAUCACCUCCUUGGAAAGAUGUUUCAACUCAGGUAGUUCUUCAAAUAUUAUUCCCAUGGGACAGUCAAGUCUUGAACCAAAAUCAAAGGAGCAACCACCAAAGCAGUCUAUGCGUUUCACUGAUGAGGAAUUAGAUGACUUUUCAUUGGAAGAGGCCUUGCUUUUAGAAGAAACUGUCCAGAAAGAACAGAUGGAAACUGAAGAAUUGCAGCUGUUGGCUUUAAACAGAAACACAGAUAGAAGUACAGAGAGGGUUUCACAUAAACCUAAUACUGCUAAUAAUUUUUCUUUGAUUUGCAAAAAUGGAAACAAUAGCUGGAAUGAAAAAAAUUUAUCUGAACAAAUGGCUAAUGAAGACGAGUCUUUUGGUUGUCCAUCUUCUAGAGACCAAAGUAGUAGUAGUGUUUUUUCAGUACAUCAUGAUGUGCCCCUGACCCAGGAUUCUGCAAAUAAACAUGAGAACUCAGAGAUAGAUGAUAAAACUAAGCAAACCAUUAACAGUUCAGGUGGACACUCUUUGACAAAUAAAAUGUUAAACAGAGAGCUGCUCAACUGUGGACCGAGAAAGAGUUCACAAAGGUCUGAAGAAAAUGAUCAUCAUUUACAGACUCGUCCUUUAAGGUCAUCAGUGAAUAACACGGAUUCCUCUCUUGCCGUGGAUUUGUAUUCUCCACCCUUUAGCUAUUUGUCCAUUUUAAUGGCCAGCAAGUCAAAGGAAGUUGCAACUGUGAAAGUGAAAGCCUUUAUUGUAACUUUAACUGGAAAUCUCUCAAGUUCUGGUGGAAUUUGGAGUAUAACUGCAAAGGUUUCUGAUGGUACCGCAUAUCUAGAUGUAGACUUUGUAGAUGAGAUACUUACUAGUCUGAUAGGGUUUUCAGUACUAGAAAUGAAACGGUUAAAAAAGGAUCCUCUUCAAUACCAAAAGUUCCUGGAAGGUUUGCAGAAAUGCCAGAGAGAUCUAAUAGAUCUGUGCUGUCUCAUGACUAUUUCAUAUAAUCCUUCAUCAUCUAAAGCAAUGGUGCUGGCGUUAGAAGAUGUUAAUGUGGAACACCUGGAGAGCCUGAAGAAGCGAUUAAGUAAAUAACUUACUAAAAAUUGUAUUAGAGAACAAUUCAAGACAACAAGGAAAUAUUUAGAAUUAAGUUUGUUCAGUGUUGAAGCUUUCUGUUUGUAAAAAAGAAAAAUAGCUGUUCCAAUUUAAUUUUGCAGUGUUUAAUCAUUUUGUUGUAGAAGUAGGGUUUUUUUAAUAAAUUAACUUUUGAUACUAAUUGUUCAGUGAAGAAAUGUAGUGACAGAUUUUUUGAUCUGCCAUUUAACGUAAGAUAAUUGCUAAAGUAUUGAAUUAGUGUUAAUUGAUGAAUUGUAUUGAUGAAAGUUAUUUAUAAAUAGGAUGUUUACUUCUGCGUUGAGUACUCAAAAUACUUGUUUAUAGCCUUAUUCUUAGAGAAAAAAAUUAAAAUCAAGUGAAUCAGAAUACCAGGUCUCAAGAUGCAAAUUGCUUUGCUAAUUUUUAUUUUGCUGAUUGUAAAUAUUUGUUUGGUAUGUUUAAUGUAAAUCUUGUUAACAAGUUACUAUUUCAUGAUAAUGUUGAAUGAUUUAAAAGCCUUAUUUUCAAGGAUAGUUUAUUUUAAGUGGCUUUUUAAAAACUUGAUUAUUAAUUUCCAGGAAACAGUUCAUUUAUUGGAUUAAAAUAAGGCAUUUAUCUAUAAAUAUUAACAUCUUUUUAGAUAUCUGUAUAUAAACCUUCCUUCAGUUUUGUUGUAAGUACUGAGUUUUUAAAAGGCUCUUUACAAUUCUACUUUGCUGCUACAGAGUUAUAUUUAAAAAGCAGUUAUUUUUACUUUUAUCUUAAAACGUUUAAAUUAAAGUGUUGAAUUUUAAAAUAUUAAACAAAUGCUUAAAUAAUAAA